CGUCAUUCUGAAGUACAGUCAACUCCUUCUAAAUCCGCAGGGCCACUCAGCUUACCUACAUCUCAAGCUUCAGGUCGGUUACUCAGCCUAUGAAUUCUGGGCCGGUCAAUCCGUCAGUGUUGGUGUCUUCUGGCGACUUCCUUGGUUAUUGAGUAUGGAUAACUCCGUUUAUCUUGGUGCUUGGACAAACUGGGAAUACGGAAAGGUGCACGGCCUGACUCUCACACUCGACCAACCCUGGCGCGAUGUGCUCAUCGCCGCCAUUGCCCUGGUCAUCACUUUCACGGGUACACAGAUAUGGGGGGUCAUUUGCUUCCUUGCGUUUCGAUUCCGACAGUUAGCCACCGGCGACCACAUCUACCACUAUGUCCAGGCGACUUUGCGCAACUCGAGCAGCAGUCCGACGUCUUUCGCAUUGAGACUGAUAGAGAUUGCAUGGUCCCAACGGCCCCAUGACUUAACCGCUGCUUCCUCCGCGGCGACGGGCUUGAUGCAGGACUUCAGCGGUGCUGCCAAUGCGGACCCUAAGCACCCGCAACACAGUGUCGGCGUAAGGCAGACAAAACAAAGGAUUCCGGGAGCAUUUGGUGCAACCCUUGUCCGUCUUUCCAGUCUCCUGGCCCUCGCCGUGGGAUUCUCGGCGGGCUUCACUGCCAUCAGUUUGCUCGGCGUCCAGUUCUUCAAGGCAGCGGACGAUUCAGCCCUGAUCACGAGUCCGUACUGCGGCUGGCCCGCCGAAGUGAGCGACACGACCGAUCGCUCUACGCCUGAAGCCAGAGAGGCGAGCUUCCUGCUGAUGGUGCCCAGCCGUGCCCAAUACAAGGGGGCUCGUGCCUACGCGAGGGGCUGCUACGCCGAAACAGCUGACGGCGAGGUUGCGAAACAGUGCGACGCAUCUGUAGCGCCGCGGAUCGCUUCCACUCUGACGGUGGACGAAACGUGCCCCUUCCCUGGGGCCGGGGUCUGCAAGACGGGCUCGGUGUCUAUCGAGUCUGCCCGCAUCGACUCGCGAAGCACGCUCGGCAUCAACACUCCUGAUGAAGAUAGGGUGGCGGUAAAAAAGAGCUUGACUUGCGCGCCCAUCAACGCGGACCAGUGGGCAACUGGAUGGAUCGACGGAGCUGAGUUUGGUUAUGUCGGGGGCGACCGCAUCCAGGGGUAUGCGGUUGGCACGGUGCCUGACGAGCAACCGCCAAAGUCCGAGUACCCUUUCGUCGCCACUACGUACUCGGAGCGUUUCGCGACGUCGCCCUACCCGCUCACGUGGAGGGUUAAUAUGCCCGGAAACGACAGCGCUUUGGUCUCGACGUUCAGACCUCGUGAUGAGCUUAAAGUCGAGGAUGCCGACUUGACGUUGAUUGCGCUGACUGCGGCAGUGAUCUUCGAUCAGGAAGUUCCGGACCCUUGGUUCAACAUCACCGUUCGUCAGCGCGGAGGGUUGUCAGGCGGUGAUGCUUGGGCUGCGCCAUGGGGGUUCUCGAUUCUAGGCUGUUUGGAAAGCUACCAGUUCUGCGCUGCGGGAUUCUGCUCUCAGCCUGGAGCGCUCUAUCAGCUUCGCGCAUCACCGACAUACGGCUUGCGCAGCCUAAAUCCUCGCCAGAAAGCCGUUGCGGAUCUGGUGUGGAAGUCGCUAUGGGCUGCCCAACUACAGUACGCGAUGAUAUUCAUGGCCAACGAGAUUCUCGUCGCCAACGAACUGGUCAUGGGCAACUGGUACUUCCGCUCCUCCAGCAUGCCGAGUGACCAGUGGACCGUCGAGGCCUGGAAUUUCGCCAACAUCUCGUUCGCGGCACUCCAGCGACGACCAGGGGACUAUGCUUCCCCCGCCGCGGUUCUCCGCGAGGAUCCAAGUCGAAUCGUAUCGCCUGACACGGGUGAGGCACGGGAACUCUGCCGGCAGAUCAGAGUCCGCACGACGAAGUACACUUCUUUUCGGGUUUUGAGUCUGGCGCUGCUCGCCGGCGUAACGGUUAUCAUGGCAGCUUUGAAUGGCAUUUUGCCCUACUACUUCUCGAAAACAUCGAACCGUGGCGGUGGGAAGCACGAAGCCACGGAAUGGGACGGGUACGGCAUCUUCCAUCUCAUCCGGUCGGUGUGCGAGGCGCGAGGCAUAGGAACAUGGGACCGCCGAGAAGAGACUGUCCCUGUCAUGCGAGAGAAAGAUCGCCAAUUCUCGCUUCAUGCCGGGUUUGAGUACGCCUGUUGAUGCGAGCCAGGGGUAUGGAUGCCAGGAGAUUGGAGGCGUUUUCUACACGCAGUGACUUUUAAAGACACAAACACCAGGUGUUUCUUUCGCUGAGUUGGGUAUCGUACAUUAUAAGCGAGUUGCGCACUAGCCAUCGCGACGCAUUCUCUUUACACUCAACAUUAUUUUCCUCCACAACCCAUCAUACGGGC